AUGUCUUUCUUGGAAGAAGAAAAGGUUUCGAUUAAAAGUAUCAUAGAAAAUCAAAAUAUUAGAUUAAUAAACUAUGAUACAUUUUAUAACUUCACAGUAACGGAAGGUAAAGUUAAGGCCUAUUCAAGAACUUUAGGAAAAUAUUUUGUAUUAAAAAGUUUAUAUGAUUACAAAUAUUUUAUGAAUGAGCUACGAAUUAUUAAUGCAGUCAAUUGUCAUGAUAAUAUUAUUAACUUUUAUGGAGUCAGUAUGGAUCCUUCAACGGAGACAUAUCAUCUGGUAUUGCAGUAUGCUAAAGAUGGUAAUUUGAGAACUUAUUUACGAAAUAAUUUCGAAGCUUUUGAUUGGAAAACUAAAAUCAACAUGGCAAAAGAUUUGGCAAGCGGUCUACAGUUCAUUCAUCAAGCAAAUAUUAUUCAUAGAAAUCUAAACCCAAAUAAUAUUUUUGUUCAUAAAGGAAGGUUGUUGAUUGCAGAUUUUGAAUUAUCUAAAUCAUUAGAUUCUGAUUCUGAUUCUAUGGUGGAUGGAGAAGUGGUAUACGCCGAUCCUGAAUAUUUACGAAAUCCGAAAGAAUAUAAUAGAAAUAAAACUUCAGAUAUUUAUAGUUUGGGAGAAGCACCGAUUCAUGGAACACCUUUGGAUUAUAUUAAUAUUUAUUCAUCUGCAUGGGUUCAUAAUCCUAGCCAAAGACCAACUAUUAAAAAUAUUUGUAAAUCUCUUGAAAAUAUUGGUUUUUCUUUUUAUUAUAUUUCUCCUGAAAGUAUUGAAGAAUUCGAAAAUAAUGAAUUUGGAAGAGAUCCUGUAUCAUCUUAUUCAUCUGCUCUUGAGAUCACAGAGAAUUUAGCAGAUGACAUUAAUGACAUUGUUAAUUCAUACAACCGAAAAAGUAGCCCAACUAUAGAAGAUCAUAGGAAGCUUCUGCCUCUCGUAAUUUUAAUGCCCAUGAAUGAUCGCAAAUGGAUAGGAAAAGGGGCAUAUGGAAUUGUUGACAGUGCUACAUUAAUAGAUGAGGAAAUGACAAGGAUGAAAGUGGCUUUAAAAUCUAUUAUUGUUCGUAAUGAUGAUAUAAAAUUAUUUGUUAAUGAG